GGCCACUUGUUUCUAAACCGCCGUAAGGGGAGUCGUGUCGGAGCCUCCGGGACAGUGGUGGGCCGGCUCACCCUAAGAUCUCACGGCAGCCAUGAGCAGUAACGAAUGUUUCAAGUGUGGACGGUCUGGCCACUGGGCCCGGGGAUGUCCUAGGGCAGGAGGGAGUCGAGGGCGCGGAGCCAGAGGCCGUGGUAGAGGUUCUCCGUGCAGUUCCACCAACCUGUCUGACAUCUGCUAUCGCUGUGGUGAGUCUGGCCAUCAUGCUAAGAACUGUGACCUUCUCGAGGACAUCUGCUACAACUGUGGGAGAAGUGGCCACAUCGCUAAAGACUGUAUGGAGCCAAAGAGAGAGAGAGAGCAGUGCUGUUACACUUGUGGCCGACCAGGCCAUCUGGCUCGUGACUGUGACCGUCAGGAAGAACCGAAGUGCUACUCUUGCGGUGAAUAUGGCCAUAUUCAGAAAGACUGUACCCAAGUCAAGUGCUACCGGUGUGGUGAGAUCGGCCACGUGGCCAUCAACUGCAGCAAAGCAAGCGAAGUCAACUGCUACCGCUGUGGCGAGUCCGGGCAUUUGGCUCGGGAAUGCCCCAUUGAGGCUACUGCUUAGUUUUCCCCCUUUGUCCCCUCCCCCCUUUUGCUGAUUGAUAAUUGUAUUAUUUUCUCUGAAACUUCUUCACUGACCAAAAGUUGAUAGAUGGAGGCAAAUCCCAGGCCAGUGAGCUUCAUUUACCAUGUUGAAGGAAGAAAGGGCUGGAAAAAAAAAUCUCAAAAGAAGUUGUUCACUUUUAAAUGUCAUUAAUGUGUUUCUGUGCCACUGGUGAAUCUGAUUAUUGGACAGUCAUUCUAGACCUUAGACAAUUUUUGGUUCUUUGUACUUUGAUUAAACAUUUCAUUAACUGCUACUGUGUGCCAGCCACCACUGGAGGAAUUGGGGAUAUAUCAGUGAACAAAUCAGAUCCAUGUUGGGAACACAGGCCUAGAAUCUAUUAACAAAUAACACACAGUGUCAGUGAAGAUAAAUCGUUAUAGAGAAAAAGAACACCAGGUAAAAGGAUAGAAUAUGCUGGGGAGGGGACAUGUAGUUCUGUCUUAGAUACACAAAGUGCCCUGAGGAAGUGACAUUUCCUCAGAGAUUAGUUGAUGAAUAA